AUGGGGAAUUGCUGGUUUUCUGCUUCAGCUGAAGACCCAACACCUGCUACUACUGGUCAUCUCAGCACAGGUACCCAAAAUACUACUGAUGCAGCUGCGAGUAAUGUAUCUCAAUCGACCAGUAAUACCAUUUCCACUUCUUCUGGGGGAAGCAGUGUAUCCAGGAACAGCCAGUUUUCGGCAAGAAGUGGCGAUGAGACCUGUCCAGAUGGGCAGAUUCUACCCGAUGCAAACUUGAGAAUCUUCAGUUAUCUGGAAUUGAAGAGUGCAACUCGGAACUUCAGAUCAGACACGGUACUUGGGGAAGGAGGUUUUGGGAAAGUCUAUAAAGGUUGGCUUGAGGAGAGGCCAGCCAUGAAACCGGGAAGGACAACUGUAAUUGCUGUAAAGAAAUUGAAUUCGGAGAGCUUGCAAGGGUUUGAGGAAUGGCAGUCAGAGGUGAAUUUCUUGGGUAGACUUUCUCAUCCUAAUCUUGUAAAGCUGUUGGGGUACUGUUUGGAGGAGAAAGAACUGCUGCUUGUCUAUGAGUUCAUGCAAAAAGGAAGCUUGGAAAACCAUCUUUUUGGAAGGGGCUCAGUUGUUCAGCCACUUCCAUGGGACAUACGGCUUAAAGUUGCAAUAGGAGCAGCUCGAGGCCUGGCAUUUUUGCAUACAUCAGAGAAGCAAGUAAUCUAUAGAGAUUUCAAAGCUUCCAAUAUACUACUUGACGGGUCCUUUAAUGCCAAGAUAUCCGACUUUGGCUUGGCAAAAUUGGGUCCUUCAGAGAGUCAAUCGCAUGUGACAACCCGGGUCAUGGGCACAUAUGGUUAUGCUGCUCCUGAGUAUGUUUCCACAGGGCAUCUUUAUGUGAAGAGCGAUGUGUACGGUUUUGGUGUUGUGCUGGUUGAGAUCUUAACAGGCUUACGAGCACUUGAUACGAAUCGUCCAAGUGGAAGACAUAAUCUUGUGGAGUGGAUAAAACCAUUUUUAUCAGAUAAAAGAAAAUUGAAAGGCAUUAUGGACCCUCGACUGGAGGCAAAGUAUCCAGCCAAAGCUGCAUUCCGUAUUUCCCAGCUUGCUCUAAAAUGCAUUGAAUCUGAACACAAAAACCGGCCAUCAAUGAUAGAUGUUGUGGAGACUUUGGAAAGGAUCCAGUCAGUGAAUGAAGUUAUAAGGGAACCUAGGAUUCGUUCCAAUCGUUCUACUCAUCCUAUGGCUCAUCGCCAAGGUCAGACACCUUUGCACUAUCGUUCUCCACUUCACCCCAGGCCAGAUGAAAAUCAAAACUACCAAGGGUCGCCUCGAAUGAGGUAAUGCUGAUACCGCAGCUGUCAGCAAUUGCAGACUUUUGCGGCCGAAAACAUAAUGUAGAGAGUUGUUAUUUCUUCAUUUUAUUGUACUGAAAUUGGUAUGUUAGCUGUGGAAGUGUAAUUAUUGUAGUAGACUAGUAGCUUUGGUCUGGAUGUCGUUUUGGGAUUCCGAAGGUGUUAAUGGUGAGUAAGCAAGUCCCAACUUGUUCCUCUACCUUUUAACUUUUAAAUUUGUAGUUCGUUAUGACAUUCUUACUUCUAAAACAGUAGUAAUGUACAUCAUCUGCAAAUCUGAAAUGGUGCCAUUGCCAUUUACAGACUUGUGAAAGAUGGAUUCUUUAAUCUUUACUGGCCCAAUAUAUGGUUAGUUCUUCCUUUGCUACUACCAGAAUCUUUUGGAUGGCCAGAUUCUGAGAGGUUGAACCUCAAGGACGACCUUACGAGAAUGUAAUUUGUAGAUUCAACUUCAAUGGUGAACUACUGAACGUGCUCAUUUACCUUUUGUUACUACUGAAUAUUCAGCUUACAUAUUGUAAUCA